ACUUAUAAAGUAUUAAAAGUCUCCCGGAAUAAAACCCUUAGUAAAUUGUACCUAUUUAGCGUUUCUAAUUAUAUUCAGCGGUAUAUUGUAAUUAAUUUCAAGAGUAUACUUAAAAAUAAGCGGGGUUAUAAUAAUAUAAUAGUUAUAGUAGAUUGA